AUGUCAGGUCGACCGCCUAAUGAAAGUAUUGGUUCGGCCGACAAGGAUUUUCAUACCUGGGCCAGCCGUGUUGCUACUGCAAUAUCCUCUGAUUACAGGGGCCCUGCUGGCUCACCACACAGUGCUGGAGCUUCUUAUAAACGCUCUCGGACAUCUAGUCCUUCUAUGUCUCGCUCUUCUUAUUCUUACCAUCAAGAACCCAACACUCGCUAUGGAAUUCCUCCUGCAUCAGGAUACGCUAUUUACCGGGAUCCUUAUCCGCCAAGCCACCAUCAAGAUUACCGAGGAGAACCUGAGUAUAUGCAGGUUAAAAGGCGGCCUACGCUGCUGCCUGAUUUUCAUGCAGCUGAAAAAGAAAGAAAUUCUGAAAUGUAUGAUGCAAACCAAGAUAGUGGUCAAAUAAUACAUUACCAAACAAUUGAACCUACCCACAUAUCUAAAAGACCCCGGUUAGGGGACUAUCGCCCAGACUUAGCCCAGCCUCUUAAAAUAGAUACAUCAGGUGAAGGAGAAGUUAAAAAGGAGCCAGCUUACAAUCCCCAAGUUGAAGCUAUAUCUCCAACAUUACCUACUGAUGAAAGUUCUAACCGUGCUUCUAAAGAAUAUCUUCUCCAAGCCAUCAGUCGAGUUGACCGGGAGAUUCAGAAAGUGGAGCAGGAUAUGUUGAAAUUAAAAAAGAGUCGAUUACAAAUUGAAGAAGUAGCUGCUAAACCACCUGAAGAAAAACCAGCCUCUCCUGAAUUAAUAACAACAGAUACAAAACAUCAAAGUAUUGCUCAACUCAUAUAUUCUGACAAUAGGCGGAAGGCAGAUGAGGCUCAUAAUGCUCUUGCCAAGCUUGGACCAAAAAUUGAUAUGCCUUUGUAUAAUCAGCCAUCAGAUACAACUAUGUAUCAUGGGAACAAACUAAAGUAUCAGAUGUUCAAGAAACGGUUAAUAGUCCACUUCAAAAUGCGCUUUAAAGAACGAAAGCUUCGGGAACGCUAUUUAACAGAACGCUAUGACCAGUUGAUGCAGGCCUGGCUCAAGAAGAUUGAACGUCUGGAGAAUAAUGCAAAGCGAAAAGCAAGAGAUAGCAGAAUGCGGGAGUUCUAUGAGAAGGUAUUUCCAGAAAUUAAAAAGGCACGUGAAGACAAAGAAAGGUUUGCCAGAUUUGGUUUAAUGACUAAUGGAGAUCAUCUGAAAAAGACAUCCAGCAGGCGUAAUAAAAGCUACAUCUGUAGAACUGAACAGAUGACAUUAUCCUGCCAUCAGGUGUCUCAAUCUUGUCUAAUGGAUACAGAGAGAGGGAACAGGUUAAACCAGAGCUGUGGGCAGGUGAAAACCCAACCUGACACUUUACACAGUAGGGUUGGUUCCCGAAGUAGUAUUGGUGGCUAUGCUCGAAGUGAAGCAGAACUGGAGCAAAUUAUGGAUGGACUCCAUGAACAGGAGGAAGAAGACAAGAAAAUGCGCAGCUAUGCUGUCGUGCCACCAAUGAUGUUGGAUGCAAGGGCACGGAGUCUUAAGUUUAUCAAUAACAAUGGUUUGAUUGAAGAUCCUAUGGCAGAGUUUAAAGAAAGGCAGCACUUAAAUAUUUGGACUCAACCAGAAAAAAUGAUAUUCAAAGAAAAAUACCUCCAACAUCCAAAGAAUUUCUGUCUAAUUGCUUCAUUUCUUGAACGGAAGACUGUUGCAGAUUGUAUAUUACAUUAUUAUUUAACAAAAAAAAAUGAAAAUUUCAAGCAGUUAUUACGAAAACAGGGCGUGAAAAAAAGAAGAGCAUUUCCUAAACCACAGCCUUCUGUGAGUAGACCUAUUGAUGUUAAAGAAGAAGUACCUCCUAAAGAUGAACGUGAGGAAAGUACAAGCAGUACAAGCAGUUGUAUAACCACCAAUACAACUACAACCACUUCCACCUCAACUACUAAUUGCUCUACAACAACCACUUCAAGUAGUAGUAGCAGUAAUAGUGUGAAAAAAGAACCUGAUGAAAAAGAAUCAGAAGAAUCUCUGGAAGAUCAAGAGACGAAUGUAAUUUCUAUAGGAACAGACUCAGAAACAGGAGCAGCCCAUCAGUGUGCACUGUGCAUGACUCAAUUGGAAAAUUUCAGCCAAAGUCGUCCAAUUUCUAUAUCCGAUUGUUCCAUGUAUGGUAUAACAGCAUCUGAAGUAAAACCAGACAUGCGUGUUUGUAACUCUUGUCGGGCUCGAUCAGUCAAACAGUCACGUUGUGUUCAAUGUCCUGUGCCUACUUGUAAAACACCAAAGCGAAAGGUGAAACGUCUCAGACCUUUACCUGCAAAGUGGGCAGAAUUGUCGGCUGAAGUUAAAGAACCCAUCAUGAGAGAAAUGCAAAUUUCUGAAGACAUUACUCGAUGCUGUGCAGUCUGUUUCAAUAGAAUAGCUCGUCAGUUAGGCACAAAUCCUCAAACCAACGAGCCAUUAAUCCCUUUAGUUCCAGAGAAUAAUGAUGAAGUGGUUGAAACAUCUAGAUGGACAGAAGAAGAAAUGGAGGUUGCUAAACAAGGUUUACGGGAACAUGGCAGAGACUGGGCAGCUAUUGCAGGCUUAGUUGGAACUAAGACAGAAGCCCAGUGCAAAAAUUUUUAUUUCAACUAUAAGCGGAAGCUCAAGUUGGAACUAAUCUUACAAGAGCAUCAUAAAGAAAAGCAAUCUGGUACUCCACGGACAAGAACAAUAUCGGUGGCAUCCACAGUAACAGUUCAGUCUGAAGAAGAUGAUGUUUCAUCAAGUGGAGAGGAGAAUCCAGAUGAUGACUCUGAUACGGCGAGUGCCCCAAGCCCUCCCCCAAUCAGGCAACAACAAGAUGCUGAUCCAAUGAAUCAAAAAGAGCAAGGUGCAGAAUCCGAAAGCCAAGACAGGGGAUGUAUUGAUAAUGCUGAACACCAGUCAACACUUGGUCCUGACAACAACCUGACCAGUAACAAACCUCUGAGUGACUCCCAAAGUAGCCUCCGUAGCAUUGCUGAUAAUGAUAGCAGUGCUACGAUGAGUGCUGAUGAAAGCUCUCACCAGGAUCCUGGUACCCUACCUAUCUCCACGCCCACAUCGUCCAUCUCACGAACAGAUACACCAACAAUUGUCAGUGAGAGGCCACCAGCUCCAGUGACCUAUAAUGUACCUUCAAUGCAACCAGAGCAAACUCUUUUGAAGGAGCCACGUCCUGCAUCUGAAGGUGUGGAUCUUUCUCACAGUGGCGGCUUUUCUCCUUUUCUCUUGACACCUCAACAGUCACCCCAUCGACCAGCAAGUGCUGUGUCUGAGCCUGGGCGGCCAGUUAGCUCUCCACGACCCCAAUCAGCUGGCCCAGCAUCCAUGGAGAAAAGCUACAUAGGCCUACAUCAUGAUCAUGAACAGCAAACUGUCCUCAGAGAUAGCAGUGGUCCCGGCGGGAGCAGCAGCAGUAGUAGCCUCUCUGGCAACUGUACGCAACAAGACCCCAAGAAACAGAAGCCUGCUUGUGUCAGAGAUCUCAUUCACUCAGCCAUUGAGAGAAACUUGAGCCGAGGAGAAAGCAACCCCGAAUCCACUAUAAGCAAACCUAUCCUGUCUGAAAGUCCUGUGAUGGUUGGUAGGAAGCCCGUGCUUUCUAGUAUUGGUCAUAAUAUGCCACAGGACCUCCGAAAAGAAAGGAGGCUGGAACAGAACCCGUAUAUGUUUCCAGAGAUGAAUUACAGAGGAAUCGCUGCACGCGAUAUGCACGAUCCACGAGAAAUGCGCGAUUUUGUCGAAGUUCAGGAUUUAUCUCGACGUCCUAUUGACUAUCAUGACAAAACUCAGAAAGCCUACAAAGGAGAUCCACGUGAUUUUCAACGGACUUUGGAUUCCCACUUGAGGCCCGAAGAAUCUCAAAGAAAAAUGGGUCUCCCUCCCCCUGCCCAUUCGCAUCAUACCACCACAUCCAACCUCCACCCAUCACAAGCAGACGAACCUAUGCAACUAAAGUCUCAUAAAACUCGAGUCAAGUCUCCUUCAAUGUAUCAUUCUGAACAGCCACAGGCAAUGUCACCUAUCAACCGACCCGGGCCGCCAACGUCUAGCUCUCCAUACAAUUCACAUGUAGGAGCUAUGGAAUUUCAAAACCGGAAUCAAAUCAUUCCUCGUAUACCACCUCCACCACCACUGAUCGCUACCAAAAACUCUCCAAAGCUCCCUAAAUCACCCCCAGUCAGUUCGCAUCUAGUUCCUCCUCCGACUGGAUCCAUCACUCAUGGGACACCUGUAAGUCAUGCUGUGACGUCAACAUCAGGUGGUACCCAUCCCAGCAACUCUGUCUUGGCACCACAUCGAAUAGACAUCAGCCACCGGCAGCAGACCCCACCUCAGGGAUCUAUAACAAGGGGAACUCCACGGAACAGAGAACCAGGGACUGGGAGGGGAACCCCUGUUGGCCAUGAAACCAGUAUACCCAGAGUUUCUCCAGUUAUGGAUCCCAUGCUGGGACGGGGAGGUAUGGUGUAUGAGCCGAGUAUGAGACAGGGGAUCCUCUAUGAACGACAACCUGUGUUUGAAAAACUCUCUGGCACACCAUUCUAUCCUUAUGUAUACCCGGAUUUGAAUUCUCCAAUUCGUACUUCCAGGCAAACAAUAAUGAGUGACUUUGUUACUGCUCAACAGAUGCCUCGGAGGGGGGCAACCCCUUCUGACAAAGAUGAGCGGCAGUCUCCGAGGGGUCGUGAAAGCACCCCAAAAAACUACAGUUCAAUACCUGAAAACCAAAGAAUGCCAUCUCCAGCAAUGUCACCAUACAUUUCCCCAUCACAUAGCAUAAUCUAUGUACCUCAUCAGUCUAGCAUGAACAAUUUAGUUCCUGAUCGCAUCAAUCGGAACUCUCCACUUCCAUCCCAAAAUACUCCGUCCCCGAGGGAGGACAAAGUCAUCACUCCUGUGUCCACUCCUUGGUCAAGCAAUCCAAAUAAAACUCAGCUGCCUGUCCACAGCUCAACAAAUGUUCCAAUAGAGCAGUCACGUUAUCCACAGUCUCCCCCUCGGCCUAGUAUUGUCAAGGGUACUGGCCGACAAAGGCCAGACAGUAGCGGACAUUUGCCUGACAGCACAACAAUGCCACCAGGGAAAGCUUCUUCCCCAAGGCCUGAAGGACACAUGUCACUCUAUCCUCAGCCCAUAAACUCUCAACCUAUCACAAUCUCUGGUGACCCACCACAUCGGGAAGGGCCAGUGAAAGAUCCAGAGAUCAUAUCCAAAGAACGGGAGAGGUAUGACAAAGAAUAUGAAAAAAUUGGUCUUGAUCAGAGACCAGUGCAUGAGUAUGGUCGGACGCUGAUGACCAAUAAGCCCGAGCUGGAAAACCUGCCUCAGCCACCACCCAGUCAUGAGCGGCCAAGCUAUUCCACUCCUUCAAGGCACGGGACACCAUCAGGCAUAAGAGAUCCAGACCAAAACCGACCGAUUCCUAUAGACUUAGAUCGAAGGCCAGAUUCAUCAAAAACUCCAGAUUCCCAGGAUUCUCAACGUUAUCGAGGUGGGGACUCAGAAAUAAUCCGGCCACACAGGUCACCAGCCAAUGGCGAUGCUUCCCCUAAUUUAUUGAAAUCCCUGAAAAAUGACAACAUUCCUUCAUCAAAUUCUGAUACAGAACGUGGCGGCGAUGAUGAUCAGCCACGGACUGUUACAGCUGCAUAUCUGAUAGAUGCCAUCAUCAUCAACCAGAUCCACAAAGGAAAUGAAGAAGGUCACAGUGAUCCAAAAUCUAGGGAUGAUUUAAAAGAAGCAGGGAGUCGAGCAUCUGAGUUAUGGCAGAAUGAGACUAGAGUGAUACAGUCACGUGAGCCUCCCUCUCGGGAUCAUGUGGUGCGAGAACUCACUCAAAGGGAACUGUCAACUCGAGAUUUGCCACGAGAGCAACAAACUCGGGAGUCCUCCUCCCCAGCUGUCAUCAAUGUUGACCAAGCUGCUUCACCCACAUUCACAAAGCGGAAAGGUUAUUGUAAAUAUCAACAAGAGAAAGAAGACAGUGCAGAAAAACCUCUCCUCUAUCCUUCUCCACACCCCUCUCCUGGGCCACAAAAUAUUGGGCCCAAUUCUGGAGGGUCGAGUGGAGGUGGCAGCAGUAGUAGUGGUGGUGGUAGCAGUAGCAGCAGUAGUAGCAGCAGUGGAGGUGGUGGCAGUAGUGGUGGAGGAGGAAGUAGUGGGGGCAGCAGUGGUGCUGGUGGUGGUGGUGGUGGUGGCAGUAAUGGAAGUGGAAGUGGUAACCACACUCCACAACCCCAUCAGGGUCCUUCUACUCAGUCAGCUAGCACUACAGGUGGGGCUGGUAGUGGGAGUGCCAGUGGCACGCCUGGGGACAAAGACAAACCUGGCUCAGGCACAGGGAACUCCAAAUCUCCUGGCCCGCCAGGCUCCAACAAAGCCAUUACACUUGGUGAGCAUAUCGAUGCCAUUAUAACACAGGACUACAGUAACCGUAAACUGUUUUACCAAAAAGGUGGUGGACUUCUGAGUCAAAUCAAUGGAACUAGCAGCAAAUCUCCAUUUUCUGUCCACCCUUCUACAGCCCCGGCUGGCAGUUUACCUGCUAACAUGUCUGCUGUGAUCAAUAACGAGUAUGCUAUAUCGGGACCGAUGAAGUCACCAUUACACCAGCCCCCAAUUGGACAAGUGGCAGUAGAGCCUGGUUACUCGCAAGGAGGACCUGAGGUGAUGCGGAUACACUCUGGUUUCAGCCAGAGUGCACAUUCCCAGUCAGGUUAUAAUUGGAAACAAAAGAGAAUGCAACAACAUCAGGAGGCUGAGCUGCAACAACAACAGCAGCAGCAGGUGGCUACUUCCACAAGUCAACCUCCACCCCCACCACCGCCACCACCGCCACCUCCUCCACCUAUAGAAGCCAGCAUGGGUCAGAUUCCCAGAUUGCUUCAUUCUAACCCCAGCCCAGAAGAGUAUGAAAUUGUACAAGAAGACAUCAACUGGAUUCGUCCAGAACAGACCCAUUCACCACAAAAUCGAAUACCACAUGUUGGUGGUAUUAAAAUUGAGCCAAUCUCGCCACCAGGGCCUUCAGUGUCUGAAAGCAAUGAGGCUAUGUCAUCCAAAAUAUCCCCAUCACGUUCUCCCAGGGCACGGCCAACGCCAGUAGUUGCCCUCCAUCAACAAAUUUCAAGUCUCCUCUCUAGGCCUAAAAUUGGCUACCAAGCUGACAGUAGUGGUCUGGCCUCGGCACCACCACCACAACCACCAUCACCACCACCACCACCACCACCACCCCGCUCUGAAAGCCCUGCAGCUAGUGGUAGUGGGGGGAGCAAUAGUGGAAUCUGCUGCCCUCUGUUGUCUGACUCUGCAGUCUCCUCUUCUACCUCUACCACCUCCUCCUCUUCCUCCUUUUCCUUCUCCUCCUCCUCCUCCUCCUUGUCCUCAUCCUUGGAGUUGGCAGCAGCGACUGCUGCUACCCCCCCACAGAACAACACUAACAUUGAUGAGCCUAUAAGAACUGAUCCUUUUGGUGAGUUGCAGAAUCCACAUCAGCUGCGGCAGCCGGUGGUGGACAGUCGGACGACAACAGCAAGGACGAUGCUUCUGGACCCCCGACACCAGCCUCAACCGAUGCUGAGGCUUGAGGCAGAAGAGGCAAGCAAGAAGCAGCAGCCACAGCACUUGAGUCCAGCAAAAGAUGUUGGAAAGGCUAUUGGCAGCUCUUCGUCUGCUUCAACACAGUCGCCUUCGCAAGAAAUGGCUUCGGCUUCUGAACAACGGAAACAAUCUCGUUCAGAAUAUGACUUUCCCGACAGCCCUGACGAUGCAGAACCAAUAAGCAGGACUUCAACAAAGAGAUAUUUGUCUUUCUCAACUCCAGGAUUGAAAUGGAGUUCAUCCGACAACGCUCCAUCAGAUUCCCUCUCUGACUCUAAGAUGGCAAGCUCCACAAUGGACACCUCAUCAUCCACUGAUGUCUCUGGUAGUAGUCCAGUGGUCAGUAGAAGUUCUUUAGGCAGGGUUGACCAGCCAAGAUUAACACCCGUGGAGACCCAUUCAAACCUUACACUUUUUUCUUCAGGUAAGGAAAAGAGUCUCUCAAGAGAGAACAGCUCCCGUGGUGGGAAGUGCAUUGCUACUAACAACAACAAUUGCAACAGUGUGUCCCCAAAUCCCAGCUGUGUCUCUACCAAUGAUGAUGAUGUAUGUAAUCUUCAAAGUAGGGCAGACAUGGUGACAACCGACAAAGCUUUGAAAACUGACUUUACUGAAGAUAUUGUUGCUGCUACGACUAUUACUAGUUCUUUCCAAUUAUAA